GGAAUGAGAGCAGAUACCUUCUCUUAGACGAUAUUCCUGGCAGUAACUUAAACUUGUCUCGCCUGACUUCGUAUCGUGUGGAUCAAUUAAAAUUUUGGCUUUCUUGUCGCGGAGAUUCAUUAAAAAAUCUACAUACCAAAGCUGCCUGUAUUCAAAGGUACAUGGUAAUAUAUAAAUUUGAGUUUUGCUUAGUCUAUAUUUUUAUUCAAGAAGCACAAUAUCUAUAAAAUAUGUUUUCUUAUCUGUAGAAUCAAUAACUAUGUUAGAAAUGGUCAGCAAGAUAACCUGGUUGAUCCUACUGCUCAUCAAAUAUAUGUGCAGGAAAAGGAAUUGCAACAGGAGAAAGCCCAAAACACAAAUACUGUCACAAAUUCAAAUUUGUGUCUGAAAGGUAAAAUUGUCAUUGUCUAAUUGUCAUUACAUGUAAUAUUGCAUAUUGCAUUGCAUGUGCAUUGUACCGUACUGUGUUGUAUAUGUGUGUAUAUAGGUAAUAUCGUAUGAGUGACAAGGUGAUAUCAGUUUUAAUGCUAGAUUAUGUGAUAAUAUAUCCUCUCUGGCAGUCUCUGUCUAUAUAUGUUAUGAUGUGAUCAUGCCAAAAUUAAAUUCUACUGUUUUUCUAUUAAUUUAGAUAAUUAUUGGAAAAGUACGAAUUUCGAAUGGUCGAAAUCUCUUCUGGACCUCCCAACAUUGACCAUCAAGGAAAUUGAACAAUUUUUUGAAGAAUCAGGCAAAACUGGGAAGACCCAAAAAAGAGCGGACAAUCUUCUCUAUGAAAAUUUCUUGGAUAGUGUUUCAUGCUCGCAUGACACCAACCACUCUUAUGUUAGAGCAAUCUGCGGUGCUUCCUACACUAAGAGCCAGUACCACCAACUAAGUUGCUCCUUGUCAAAAAUAAGUGCACAAAUUUUAUAUGCACACUGUACAUGUAAAGCCGGACAAGGAGGCUUUUGUAAUCACAUUUACGCCCUCCUCAAGUUAAUAGCACAAUUCGUACUCGACAAAUUAGAUGAAAUUCCAUUGCAGCUUCCAUCAUCAUCAAGACCCUGUGGUUGGACAGUCCCAAAGGUGAGAAAUAUGAAUGUACAGAAAGAGACCGUGAUGGAGACUAUAAUUAAGAAACCUAAAUUGGGAAAAAAUACUGGUGUAAAAUGCAACCUUUAUGAGGCAAGAUCUUCUGAGCAACAAAUAUUUGAUGCAAAUGCAAUUUUUGAAAUGAAAGAAAAUCUAAAAAAAGAUAAUCCAAAGAUUCCAAUGGUGGAUGGUGUGCGAAGUUCGGUUUCAUCUGAUGCAUGGUGCGAGACGAAAUUUGGAAAAGUACCCAUAUUCUCUCCUCUUGCUUAUCAAUGUAGUAAGCUGGGCAAUAACUUUAAUGUGUAUAUAAAUAUUGACAAAUGCCCUUCAAAUCCAGCCACUACACCUACUACUUACCCAAACUUUCCUCACCGUAAUAUCCCCCAGUACUAUCACCACGACGUUUCAACUCUUGAUUCUUCUCAAAAAGCAGUUUUUGAUAAACUUCAAGUGACAAAUGAACAGGCAGUUAUACUGGAGCAGACUACUCAGUUACAGUCACAAAGUUCACUUUGGUUUAAAGAAAGGAAAUGCAGGGUCACAGCCUCAAAAGUUUAUGAUGUGUUUCAUUGGAAGAGGGGAAUGGACAAGCAUGCAGAAAAAUUUGUUAAUAGUGAUGUGUCGAAAGUACCUGAAAUUUUGCAAAAGAAAUUUGAUCAUGGAAAGAUGUACGAGCCUGUGGCUUUGGAAAAAUACCGGGUGUGUAUGAGAGAAGAGAUGGAUCCUAGCACCGAAGUAUAUCCUUGUGGCUUGGUAUUAAAUAGAAAUAAUUGUUGGUUAGGCAGCAGUCCAGAUGGCAAAUUUGCGUCAGGAGAUAUGUUUGGUAUAGCAGAAUGCAAGUGCCCAGAGCAGUACAAACAUUCAGAUGUCUUUGAUGUUGCAUGUAGCAACGAAUCCUCAAAUUUCAUGCUGCAUGUUGAAAACAGUAAGCUGCAGCUACGAAAGACCCACCCAACAUACUACCAAAUACAAUGUCUGUUAGCUUUGACUGGAUCAGAAUUUUGUGAUUUGAUUGUUUAUACUUUUCAAAGUAUUGCUAUUAUAAGAAUUACUUUCGAUACACAAUUUUGGUCAAAUAUAACAGAUGUG